GUUACAGUCUAUCUCCUAAAGUUGAUGACUUUCCCACUGAUGUCGAUUUAGGAAAAUUACCAAACUAGGAAAUGAUUGAGUACGUGGCACAAGCAAUAAGAUUCACGUGUUUCAGCCUAACAUUCAUUUUAGGAACUGUGGGCAAUGGAUUAGUCAUCUGGAUUACAGGAUUCAAAAUGAAAAAGACGAUGACUACGAUUUGGUUUCUCAACCUUGGGAUUACAGAUUUCUCUUUCUGCCUGAUUCUUCCUCUGUAUAUUACUGAAUGGGCACUGUGGGGUAACUGGCCCUUUGGUCGGAUAAUGUGCAAGAUUAGCAAUUUCUCUACAGCCCUAAAUCUGUCUGCAAGUUUGUUAUUUUUAACAACAAUCAGUAUUGAUCGCUGUAUCUGUAUUCUGUACCCAAUAUGGUCAAGAAACCACAGAACUUCCAGGUUAGCAGCAAUCAUCUCAGCAAUCAUCUGGCUCGUCUCUAUGGCUGCCUAUUCCCCUUUAAUUUUGUUAAUCGAUAAUAUAAAUGACAGCAAUUUUUCUGAAUGUUCUUUAACAAAUGGAGCCUGGGAAAACGUAACCAUUAUUGAUUUUGAGACUUCCCUUCUAAGGUUCCAAGCAAUGAUCAUUACUAGAUUUGUGUUCAGCUUCCUGAUCCCCUUAUCCAUCAUUGUUGUUUGCUAUGGGCUCAUUGCAUUCAGAGUGAGAAAAAGCAGCAGAAUCCCCGGGUCGACUCGAACCCUAAAAAUCAUAAUUACAACUGUCCUUUGCUUUUUCUUCUGCUGGGCUCCUUAUUUUGUGUUGCCUAUAAUUUAUAUUGCCGGCCAUUACAAACUAUCACAUCAUCACUUCCUCCUUAAUGAACUAGCAAUAUGCUUAGCUUUCGGUAACAGUUGUCUUAAUCCAAUAAUCUAUGUUUUCACUGGCCGAGAUUUUAAACAGAUUUUGAGAAAGUCCAUUCCGUUCCUUCUGGAAAGCCCAUUCAACGAAAGAAAUGACCCCCCAGAAAUUCCGGAAGAGAACGGCAUUUUAUAAACAGAAAUGGUGGCUUGGUAUAUAAAUGUUCUAAUAUAGGCUUUCCAAAGUACUACAAAGGUGAAUUUAUUGCUAGUGAAAUUUUUCACUUUGUUUCGCCUCACAAAUUAUUUAUUAUUUAUUAACCCUCAAAUUCGACUCUUGAUAAAUCUGCCCCUUGAUGUACAUACAA